GAGACCUGCAAAACAUGCCCUGUGUGGGGUCCUGAGGACUGAGUUUGAGAACCUGUGAUCUAGAUAAUAGAUCAGAAAGAUGUCUCCACACAGGUGACUGCAACCAUUACCUGAGAGGGAAGUCCAGGAGCAGAGCAUGUACCUGGUGAAAGGGUCAUGUUGGAGGGUCUGUGACUUCUGUACUGUAUGAGGUUACUUUUCUACAUUGUUUGGGUGCCACGUUCAGGUUUGCGUCUUACUAUGGCCACCAUAUGGUUUUGCAGCAGAAGCCAGCUCACGCCCUUGUCUGGGGCUACGGAGAGGUGGGAGCCCAGAUAACGGUCUCUCUUCUGCGAGGAAUGGAAACUGUCCUGAAGGGAGCUGUGAUUAUCAAUGAUGUUGGUACCUGGAAGGUCCUGCUGAACCCGAUGGAUUUUGGGGGCCCCUACCACUUGGUGGCCCAGCAAAACUACAAGCAAGAAAAUACAAGUAUCCACUUGGACGACAUCCUGUUUGGCGAUGUCUGGAUUUGUAGCGGACAGAGCAAUAUGGAGAUGACUGUGUCCCAGAUUUUCAACGCUAGCAGCGAGCUGGCUAAAGCCUCGCAUUAUCCCAAUGUUCGGUUAUUCACGGCGGCACUAGUAACAGCCGAUGUAGAACUUCCGGACCUGGCGAAGGUGGACUUGGCGUGGUCGGUCCCAACCGCUCAAAACCUUGGACAAGGCGCUUUCACCUAUUUCUCCGCCGUCUGCUGGCUGUUUGGUCGCCGUUUGGCGCGCAGGCUGAAGUAUCCGAUAGGACUUGUGGAAUCGUCAUGGGGAGGAACGCCGGUCGAGGCCUGGUCAUCGAAAACCGCGCUGGCGAAGUGCGGACUCUCUGAGACUGGCCAAGAUGUGACCCAGAGUUUUGAGUCCUCAGACUGGAUAGGCGGUCCGUGUGUUUACUCCGUCCUCUGGAACGCCAUGAUCCAUCCCCUCCUCAACAUGACCAUUAAAGGAGCCAUAUGGUAUCAAGGGGAGGCGAACACUGGCAUGAACACCAACCUCUACAACUGCACCUUCCCCAAUCUCAUCAAGGACUGGAGACGCUCCUUCCACGAGGGCUCUAAGGGACAAACUGAUCCCAACUUCCCCUUCGGGUUUGUCCAGCUGAGCACAUACCAGAAAGGGGUUUUAAAAGACAAUUUUCCGGAAAUCAGAUGGCACCAGACGGCUGACUAUGGAUAUGCCCCCAACCAUAUGAUGCCGAAUACAUUUAUGGCCGUGGCAAUGGACCUCUGUGAUGAGACGUCUCCGUAUGGCAGCAUUCACCCGAGGGAUAAGCAAACGGUAGCAUACAGGCUGUCCCUGGGGGCACGAGCUAUUGCAUACGGAGAGCGGGAUGUCUCCUUUAAGGGUCCAUUCCCAGUCACCAUCGAUGUCUAUUAUGACUAUUCAUACAUGAAUAUAACCUACGACCAGGACCUAUUAAUAACUCACACAUGUGACAAGAUAUUUGAGGUACUUUGCAGCAACAAUAAGGAUGAAGAAAGUUACUUCUGGGUCCCGGUUCCAGCAACACUAAUAGCCUCCUCUUCUAAAGUGGUCACCGUCGCGUUUAAAGGCUGCCCCCACAUCUCAGGGGUCCGGUAUGCCUGGUCCGACUGGCCCUGUGAAUACAAACAGUGUCCAAUUUACAGUGUCCGCCACGGUCUUCCUGCUCCCCUAUUCAUAAAGUACUUCCAGAAGUGACACUAAUUAUAUAUAUUUUUAAUAUCUGUAGUUUCUUGGGGACACAACGGAUGAAAUCAUAUUUUAGUCACAAUUUGUGGUGAUUGUUCUUUGGGUUAAUAAGGAUUUUAGAAAAUCGGAAAACUGCCAAAUCACAAACCUCUUAUGAUCUUACGACGUACCCCAACAUAAAUGUUUCAGCGGGACAAGGCCGCGCCUCCUGCGAAAGACGGAUUUUGCGCAACUUGCAGAACUGGAUGGAUCUCAAGAUGUAAUAUAUAUGCGCCAGGUUUACGCCGGGCGACCUGGGUGACUGUUACCGGUAAAUGCUGAAGCUGUAAUACCGAAGAGUACUUUAAUGAAGUGUCAUAUACAUAAGACAGUCUGUACCCGGACAGUGUUUUUUAGAAGCUCUAAAGUCGCAUUUGCUAAAUAGGAUACAAUUAAAUACAGAGCAAAUGCAACUUUAAAGUACUAAUUAGGUUUCGAUUAAAUACAAACGCCUGUUUCCUUCCAUUCCUCUAUAUGAGGUCUUCGUUCCUGCCUCGUACUGAACGCAGAGGACAGGUAAAUAAUGUGAGUAGAUCGCAGUAGCCGCACGAAUAAGUCACCGCGCCAGUGGUCGGAAUAAGACUCGCUCAGCGGAGCGGCUGUUUAUACCACAUACGGUAAUGCAUGUGAUGUUAAUAACAUGUACUGUAUGCAGGACUACGUAUUAACAACUGGACUGCGCUGGUACGUGGACAGGGCAGCCACCGGGGGGGGACUGUGGGGACUAGUGUCCCGGGAUCCUAAUACCAAUACCUGUAGAGCUGCAGAGUGAAGACUUCUUGAAAGAAGCCUUCAACUGCGCAUCAGCUCUCUGUGAACCGUUCCUGUAGGUCCGCAACACUCCACCUAUAUGUAAUAUUACAAUAUCUGCCAUCACAUAGGUGUGAAGUGGUGUUGCAGAAUGUUAUUUUUUUGGGGGGAGGGGCCCUGUCUCUUUUGUUAGUCCCGAGCCCGACAAUUUCUGAUGGCAGCACUGUACGUGGAUACACCCAGUGGACACAGGAUUGUAGCAUUCAUUGUAAGUCAUAGCAGUGAUGAUUUUGUGUACUGUAUGUACAAUCUGGGACUGCCAAUUUAUGUGAUCAUGCAAUAAAGGGCAUUAAAUUA